CACAUAAGACAAUAGAGUAAACAGUUUGAGGUUAGGGGUUGCAUUUGACAAUUCAUCGUGUCAUCUAAGAUUAGUCCUGUUAAAAAAAACCGUGGUUGGUACUACAGUCAGCCUGAGCAGAAGUAAUGACAGUGACCUUUCCGAAAUAAAAGGAAACAGAAAGGUAUCACAUAAUCAGAAUGAAAUGAUGACUACCGUUAUUGCUGGAAUCUUUCCAAUUAUUAUGCAGCUCCUUUUCCCGGUGAUUAUCAGCAUUCAGUUUAUUCAAGCAGCCAUGUUUCCUUAUAGAAAAUUCGCUCUGUUAGGCAGUAUAACUGGAAAACGAGUUAUAACUUCAAGGAGUUACGUCAUUCAUAAUGAAUUGACCCGUUUUCUGCACAUGAAAAAAUAACCUUUGAUGUUGCAGACGAACGGAAACCACUAGCAAUUUGUUUUGGAAGAAGAAAAAACACCAAAACGGGAAAAACCGAAUUGAGCAAAAAGAUCAUAUUUCUGACAUAUUUCGAACGACCAACCAAAACCAUACUUAAGUUAACUAUUUGAGGAUCUACAAACCUUAGUGUAGCUCCUUGACGAUCGUCGCCAAAAUGCAGCCAUUCCAUGUACUUGCGCCUUGCAUUUUCUAAAAGGGUACAUGUAGGAUAAUGAAAUAUAUCCAUUCAGUGUACUUGUACCUUGCGUUAUCUAAAAGGGUAGGUAAAUAAACUGUUCGGCAAGUGUCUCGAGACAAAAUUUUGCAAAACAAUCGGUGCAGCUUAAAGAAAAUUUGCUCUCUUCAAGACAUGCUGAGAGUAUAUCUCAAGUCUUUCGUUCUCUUCUCAGUUUUGUCGGUACCAUUCCAUCCUUUUCCCUUUAGUAGAGAAGAAAAAUUGCGUUAUUUUUCGUGACCAGAUGUUUCGUUGCGUGACUAAGAGGCUGUUUUCUAAGAAACAGCACUUCUUGAAAACCGAAAAAAAAAGAACAAAUCAUCUACGCUAAACAUGGCGCCCGCGAAGGAGACAUCCGUUUAUAUCUGUAACUGCGACAAGUUAUGCGAUUUAAACGAGGUAGAAGAGCUUUUUAAAGCUGUCAAAAAGAAGCUUGCUGUGAGGACUUCCUUUCAGAUCGAAAAACACUACUUCAGCGGCGGACAAAUCUCCGAUAUGGUCAACAAAACCAUCCCUAAAUUGAAGAUGGAUUAUGCGGUGUUUGUUGUGCAUGCUGAUGAAUGCUGCCUCUCUUUUAGCGAGGACAGCGGUCACGGAAAGAUCUAUGAGGCUCUAAAGAAGCGAACAGGCUCUGAUGAAAAAGUAUUGAUCGUCAUAGGAGGAGAUGUCAAUUACAGGGACAAAGACGAAGAAAACCGUUCCAUACUUUCACGACAGGCUAGGGAUACAGUAUUAUCCCACCAACUUCGUCCAGAAUUUAUUGACGGUAGGAAAAGCUUUAUAUUUUCGUGGAACAAGAAACACAGAGCGAUUCACGAAAACGCACUUAAACAUUACUUUGAUCCCAGCAAGAAGGGACAGAAAUUUAUGAAUCAACUGGUCGCAGAGCCCGCUAGAAUUGGACCUGAACUUGAAGAAGAAACCUUGAUAACCUCUCUAUUAGCCACACAAAGCCAGUCGCCUGAGAUCUCUCUACAAGUACCUUCUGAUAUUGAAGAAGAUACUAAAAUCCCUGUUGAUGAACAACAGGCCGAAAUUGAAGAUGAGAGUGAACCAUCUGCUCUUCAAGUUUCCGCUUCACACUUCAGCACUCCUCAUGAACAGUCUCGGUUUUUACUGCUGGAAACACGCAUUCGUUAUGGAAAAAUUUCAUAUGAAAGCAAGGACGUGGUAACCUGGGUCGAAAGCUGGCAACCUUCUGAAAGAGAUGCAGAAGAUCUGGAACAAAAGUGUAAGUCAACACCAGUUGCCACAUUGAAGAUGUAUGGCGACAAAAGUGGAGAACUUCACAGGGUUGUGGUAACACCAAAGAAGUCACGGUGUUCAAUUUCCUAAGGAGAUUUUGAAUUAGUGAAAAAAUGAGCUCGCACAAAACAUUUUAAACUGCGGUGAACUCACCUUUCCUUGGUCAAAUGUACUUCCUUUGUUCUGACGAAAGGGCAGCCGACUUGAAACAUCAGCUUCUUAAAAUUCGUUACGUUGAUGUUUUUUCCUUUAUAAGACCUCGCUAACACCUAAUGGAUGAAAGGCCAGCGCUGUUUCGGAUGGUCACCCUUACAAAUCGGUGCAUAGCAAUGUGAAUUUCAAAUGCAAAUUAGAGGCAGCUCUUUUUUAAUUUUGUCUGCAACAUUAAGAACUAGUCUCUAAAGGAUCAAACAUCUUUCAAAAUAAAAAUUUUCAACUUUACUAUGAUUAAUUUCUUCAAAAGUGUACCGAUUCUGGAACUGAAGCUUAAUUAGCACCUAGUUUGUUAUAACAUUCUAGUUUUUAGAUAUGUAAAAACCUUUGCGAGCCGGCCUCUACUUUUCAUGGGGACAAUUUACAAACGAAGCUGAAAAAUCAGGAAUUGCAUAUAUCUUGGUGAUGUUUACAUCAAAAAAAAAAAUGGAAUGUGCAUGAUUGUAAUCUUUUAAGCCAUAUCCAGAAGAAAAUUAUUGCCUCUGGUUGUCAUCUUUUAAAAGAAAUGGAUCCGCUUUACGGCGCGGCAUGGAGGAUUACUCGACGCAACUACAAAGAAGUCGUGUGCAUAACAUCCAGAUCCGAGUGCUAUACCUUCCUUCAUGGGAAUUUGAGCCUAAAUCCAUUGACGAUACACUGCUAUACUGCUAUGUCAUUUGCAACAAGUUAAAGUCGGCUGACUCGAAACUCAUCAUUUGUCAAUAAACUUGAACAUUAUCAUGAUGGCGUAACGCUGUAUUUCUCCAUUAAGUUUCCAUCUGUAGCUCCAAAGAAAACGAAAAACAGGUAUUUUUCCCUAUUUCAGUAGAUUUCUGCGCAUUCCGAGCUAAAAGCAAACAAACAAAUAAAAUUUCUUGUUUUUAAA